UAGAAGUGUAGAAGUGUAGAAGACUUCGCAACUUUAAAAGUAAAAUUACAAACUUCAAUGCAAAAAAUUUUCGGUUCAUAUAAAGUUUAAAAAAAAAGAAGUGCUUAAAAUAAAACUAAAUAUAAUUUUUUAAUUACACAUAAAAUAUAAAUAUGGGCGAAAAUCAACUCAGUUCUCAAGUUUUAUUUAACAAAAAUUCAGAAAUCGUAAAACCAGAAUUUCUGUCAAAUCAAAAUGUAUUACCAUUUGGACCUGAGCAAACCAUCGCUCGAUGCCCAGGUUGUUCUCAAGUUGGUUUAACCUAUAUUAAACAUAAAUCCAACAUGAUUACACACGUAAUUGCAACAUUAUUUUGCAUAAGUGGAAUGAUAUGUUGCACUUGCGUUCCGUAUUGCUGUAGCCGUUGCAAAACUGUUAAUCAUUAUUGCUCUAAUUGUGAACAGUAUCUGGGCCAUUAUCAAGGAAGAACUUAAACAUUUAAUAAAAAUAUCAUGAACGUAUAUUAAACAUGAAUAAUAUAUUUAUAUGUUCACAUC